AUGCAUGGGUUACUGACGCGUGGCUUGCCUUCCAGGUGCGGCCCGUCCGAGUUCCAGAUCACGGGCAACAUCCGCGACAUUGAGCUGUGGCAGGACGCGCACGAGAUCGACGUGCCGGUGCUGCUUCUGGACGGGCGCCACGACGAGACUACCGAGCUCUACUUUACGCCAUGGUUCACGGAGAUCCCAAAGGUCAAGUGGGCCCAGCUAGAGAAUACGAGCCACAUGGGCUUCUCCGAGGAGCGCGAGCGCUACAGACAACUACCGCUGCUCCCGUAA